GGUACAUUAUAACAUUGUGUUUAUUUUUAAAUUCACAUCUGAAUCCUUUGGAACUGGACUCUUGUUUGGUUACCAUGGAAACCACCCGUCCCAUUUUUCCAGAGCAUUUUUCCUGUGAACUUUCUGAAGACAACCAGGAGACAACCCACUUCAUUUACGUACAAACGAGCAGUUUCAAUGAUGGAGGAUUUUGUGGUAGAGCAGCUGAGUAACGCCACCAGCAAAGAGCUGACACUGGCAGAGGUUCACCAGCAUACCCACACCGGCGAAAGACCAUACCUCUGUGACCAGUGUGGCAAAAAGUUUAGCUCUGCAUCAAAUUUGAAGGUCCACAAGCGGAUCCACAACGGAGAAAGACCAUACCUCUGUGACCAGUGUGGCAAAAGGUUUAGAUAUUCAUCAAAUUUGAAGGUCCACAAGCGGAUCCACAACGGAGAAAGAUCAUACCUCUGUGACCAGUGUGGCAAAAGGUUUAGCUCUUCAUCAAAUUUGAAGGUCCACAAGCGGAUCCACAACGGAGAAAGAUCAUACCUCUGUGACCAGUGUGGCAAAAGGUUUAGCUCUUCAUCAAAUUUGAAGGUCCACAAGCGGAUCCACAACGGAGAAAGACCAUACCUCUGUGACCAGUGUGGCAAAAGGUUUAGAUAGUCAUCAAAUUUGAAGGUCCACAAGCGGAUCCACAACGGAGAAAGAUCAUACCUCUGUGACCAGUGUGGGAAGUCCUUUAGACAGUCAGCGCAUUUAAAGAGGCAUAACCGUACCCACACACCAGAGAAUCCUGUCAACGCUGACCAUGAAGCUGUACCGGCAUUUCCACAAUGACCACACUGAAAAUGUUAAAAGCCUAUUUGUAAAGCAUAAAAUAUUAAAAAGACA